AUGGAAUUCAUAAAGGAGCAGUACAACUCCCUUAUUCUAGAACUUAAGAAGAACUUUAGAACCCCCCGAGAUGGAAUAUCCCACGUGCUGAACAUAGUGUGUUUGCUGUUGAAUGCCUUGAUGCUUUGGAAGCUGCUGGUUGUGUUUACAGGCUGCGAAUCCCCAGUUGUGGUUGUCCUGAGUGGAAGUAUGGAGCCAGGCUACUUCAGAGGAGACACCUUGGCACUGUACCACCCGCCGAACAUCCAUGCAGGCGACGUGGUGGUAUACCAAAUAAAUGGAAGAGACAUCCCCAUUGUGCAUAGGAUAUUAAAUAUUCACAUAUCGAAGGACAACAAAUUUCAUUUGUUAUCAAAAGGGGACAAUAACAACAUUGACGACAGAGGGCUCUAUGAGUACGAUCAGUAUUGGCUUGAAAACGAACAUGUGCUUGGUCUCUCAAUUGGAUAUGCCCCAUAUAUCGGAAUGCUAACCAUAUGGGUUAAUGAAUACCCUGUCAUGAAGUGGGCAAUUGUGUCGCUCAUGUUGUUUAUGAUAUUACUUGGGUAUGAGUGA